CUGAGGGAAGGCAAAGCCAAGCCUAUGCUGUUGGAGCCGCUCCAGAUCUAGGGGCUGCGCGCGUCCACGCAAAGGGCGCCCCCCGUUUUAAGCGGGGAGCGGUCAUUUCUGACACCUCUCAGGUUGACACCAUCAUAAGAGAGCAAGGGAAGUGUUCAUGGUGAGUUCUGGUACCCUUUUUUCUGGAAAAAUAGCACUGGUGGCAUAUAUGUUUUGAUGAUGAUGCAUUCAAUAAAUGUAGAACCAAAAAUGUUGAAAUUUGACUGUUUCUGUUCCUUUUCUUUGUGCUUUAACUUUUCAAAUGAAGAUUUACACUAAUGCGCUUUGCCAUAUUUCCUGGUACAAGUGUUGAGACAGGAAGCUUUCCAAUAUUACUAGCAGAGUUUAUGAGGAGUAAGGAUUCUUCUGGGGAAUAUGCUUUGAAGGUAAAGUAUGUACCCAGCCUAAAUAAAAAAUAAAACUAAUAACUUUUGAAAAAAAUAAGUAGGAUAUCAACUCUGAAACCAACAUUUGCCUGGGUUUAUGCUUUAUGUGGAGUGCUGAUUGGAUAAAAUGAGCAGCCAAUCAGGAAAUGGUAUAGCCUAAAUGGGAGGAGUUCUGGAAUGCCUGACAUCACAAGGGAGGUGGUUCUUAGCCAGUGGGAGGAUGAAACAACCUUAAGAAGAAAUUAGAGAAAAGGUUGUUUCAUGACAGCACCAAGGUAUCCAAACAGAAAGAGGUCUGAGGGGUGGAACACUUUCCUUACAACGUUUAUAUUUGCAGGGACUCAUUCCAGGGCCGAAAGGUCACCAAGAGGGAAAAUGAUAGGGAGCUUUUAUAAACUACAGAUGGUUUUUCUCUUUUAAAUUCUAGAACUCAGGGUCAUCCAAUGAAACUGAGUGGUGGUACAUUAUAAGGAUGUGCACAGGUGCUGUCUUGCCAGCGUCCCCUACUGGCUGUUUGGCCAAUAGCAAAAACCAGGCAAGCAACAGGUUUUUUGGAUUCCACUGGACAGAGAAUUGACAGACUCUUAGGCAGAGACAAACUCUUAUUAACUGAUAAACAUUAGCAAAGAAAUUGAUCAGCAACCUAGAAUGGAGUCCAAUAUAAAGCCAACAGCAACUGGACUAAACUACAAAGCUAGCAAUAUAACCAAUAAGCAAAAUACCUUAGAAUAGGUUUUGUUCUUCAUGUCUCUCCAGCCGAUGGAGAUCUGGAAGGCUUAUCUGGGGCACUUCAGACUGGCAGGUGGUCGUUCUCUUCACAUUCUGGAAUGGAGCAUAGAACAAUGUAUCAAGAUCUCCCUGUCUCCUUCAGCUGCUGGCCUUUAUAUAGUCCAUAGUGAAGGUCUCAUGCCAAGCUGGCAACAGAUGUAAUUCAUGAUGUAAUUCCAUUCCCAUCCUUUGAUCUGGCCUGGGAGUCGACGCACGUGGGCAUGAGAGCCUUCAUUUGCAUUCUUUAUCUGUGCAGUUCAGUCAAUGUAAGGUUACUUUCCUUGUUCCCAGUCAACUGGUUCCUCCGUCCAUCCCUCAUGAAGUCAGGUGUUUGAUAGCUGGCCAAGCCAUGAAGUUGCUUUCGCUUCUUCUCCAACAGCCAGGUUCCUUAUAGUAAAGCUCCAGCUACAUUGCAAACCAGGAGCAUCGCAUUCUGUUUUAUUCCCUGGCAAUACAGGUGCCCUGCUCUGAUUCGUGGGCCCAGUUUGUAAAUCCAGAUCUAGGAUCAUGAUCCAGAAAAUAUAAGUCUUUGGGAAACCCAUUUACUUGCAUAUUGAAAUGGGAUUAGACAACAGUCCUCUUCUUUCUUUAAGCCACAGCAUCAGAUGUCAAGCUGAGUCUUUGCAAAAAGAAAACAAAAUGACACACUUGGAGAGCCUGGGUAAUAGCUUCACCUCUACUUCUUUUCCAGGUCCAACUCAUGGUGUCCAGAUCUUGCUAGAUUCAAUUGGAUUUAUAUGCGUCCAACAGAGAUCAGAUCUAGUACUCAAUCUUUAAUUGAAUUAAAGAUUGUGUACUAGGCAGAGCCAGCAGUGGUGUAAUGGUUAAGAGCGGUGGACUCGUAAUCUGGUGAACCGGGUUCGCAUCCCCGCUCCUCCACUUGCAGCAGCUGGGUGAUCUUGGCUAGUCACACUUCUCUGAAGUCUCUCAGCCUCACUCACCUCACAGAGUGUUUGUUGUGGGGGAGGAAGAGAAAGGAGAUUGUUAGCCACUUUGAGACUCCUUAAGGGGAGUGAAAGGCGGGAUAUCAAGUCCAAACUCCUCCUCCUCCUCCUCCUCCUCCUCCUCUUCUUUAAUGAUGAUCAGGAGAUAGAGAUAUAAUUAAAUGUAUAUACUUUCCAUCAAGGGUGGGGAACAAAUGGCCCUCCAGAUGUUAUUGGUCUGCAAUUCCCGUGACCCCCGACCAUUGACCAUGAGACCUGUGAUGGAGGAAUCUGGCACCCAGGAACAUCUGAAGACCUCAUAGGUCCCACAUUAUCUAUUAAAUGGUGAACAUCUUACUGGAGUCCUGUAAACUAGAUGUCCAGGGGUUUAGAGAGGAAUAGGAUGCAAAAUGAGAAUGUGCUAUAUUACCUAAAAAAAUUAAAAAUGCCUUGGAAUCCAUGUGGAACAUCUCUUUUGGUUUAAACUGAGAUUGAUCCAGCAAAAGAAAAAGAAAGACGUUUCAGUUAUAUUGGACUCAACAACGUCUUUACGGGAAAGGAUGGUCUAAUACUGAUGCCACUUUACAAUAAUCUUGUUCUCCAUUUGUUGUUGUCUUAUUCUAGCUGAGAGGAUGGAGGAGCCAGCGCCCGCAGAGCCAGCGCCCGCAGAGCCUACAGCACUAUCGGCAGCAGCACCAUCAGCAACUAUAACUGAUGGUCUGUAUACUGCACAGUCAUAUGGGAUGAGGUUUCUCAUAAAGUAGAGGAAUGCAUGGGAAAUGCACAGGUUCUGUCUGCUUCUUUUCCAUGUCCAACUUGUGGUCUCCAAAGUCUUUUUUCUGUUUCUUUUGUAAAUUUAUUUAUUUGGUUUUUCAAAGUAAAAUUUUACAAUCACAUAUCAACAUACAGUACAAAAACAAGAUUCCAAAGAAUCCCCUGGACUUCCCUCCUCCCUUUUAUGAGUCCGAUUUUUAGUCAUUUCCUCCUGCAUCUUUUAUAAUAAUCCAAAUCUUUUACAUUUCUAUUAUGUCCAAAAUUCCCCAUUAAACUACAAGUGGUAUUCCAACCGCACUAAUAAUUUUAGCUGUUUCCAAUGGUUUUAAAGAUAGAUUAUAAACUUUCCCCAUUCCUUAAAAUUUUCCUGAUUUCUGAUUCUUUUGUUCUUUUUUGCCAUUUCGGCAUAAUUCACCAAAUUUAUCUGCCAUUCUUCUCUGGUAGGGACUUCAUCUUCUUUCCAUCUCUGGGCCAAUAAUAUCUGUGCAGCCGUGGUCAUGUACAUAGUCUUUUCUGCUCCUUUGGGAUUUCAGCACCUAGAGUUCCUAAAAGAAAAGCUUUGGGGUUUUUUAGGGGGGGGAUUAAACUCCCCCCCAAUUCAUUAAAUAUAAUUUCCCAAAAUUCUUUUACUACCUUACAUGUCCACCACAUUUGAUAAAAGGUGCCUUCUUUUUCCUUACAUUUCCAACAUAUAUUUGACCCUGAUUUAUACAGUUUUGCUAAUUGACUGGGAGUUAAAUACCAAUGAUAUAUCAUUUUCGUAUAAUUUCCUUACAGUGUGCAACAUGCUGUGAAUUUUAAAUUCCAAUUCCCAAAGUUCUCCCAUGCUGCAAGUUGUAUAUUAUACCCAAAAUCUUUCACCCAGUGUAUCAUUGCUGAUUUAACCUGCUCAUCUUUUGUAUACCAUUCUAGUGUUAAUUUAUAUAUUCUUGAGAGUAAAUUUGUUUUGUUCUCCAACAGCUCUUUUUCAAAUUUAGAGGUUCCAUUAGAAAAGCCAUUCUUUUUGUCCAUCUUGAAUAUUUAAUUAAGUUGAUGGUGUUGAAAUCAGUCAGUUAGUAAUUCUCUUAUGUCCUCAGACAUCUUCAAUUUCAAUUGGAGUUCUACUUCCACUAACAGCUCUUUAUACGUUCCCCAGUCAUUUCUCAUAUUCAAUUUUUUUUAAGGGUAUCACUUCUAGUGGUGAGAGCCACCAUGGUGUUUUUUGUUCUGGUAGAUUUUUAUAUUUUUCCCAUACCUCAUAAACCGAUUUUCUUACAAUAUGAUUUAAGAAAGCUCUAUGUACUUUAACCUUCUCAUACCACAGAUAUGCAUGCCAAACAUACCUCGUAGGGUCGUGUUAAAGCUGCGAGUGCUCUCAACCGCACUCCCCCCCAACUGCCUUCUGGCAAGGUUUCCAGGAGGGCAGCAGGAGAUUGGUGCUUCUGCCAGAGUGAGGCUUUCGGGGGGGGGGGGUGCCUAGCCCUGGCACUCUCCCCUCUUACCCCUGCCAGCCUCAGACCAAUAGUCGCUUUCAGAGUGAUUGAAUCCGCACUGCCAUUUCUAAGACCAGCCUAUAUUUUUUGGCACAUAAUAAAUUUGUAUCUUGUUUCAGAAUCAGUGUAAUGUAAGCAUCUUUCCAAGAACCUGGCACUUUCCGCUGUAUUUAAUAUCUCAUUAGUUACAUCUUUCAGUGGUUGUGCUAGAUAAUCAUGUAGUUUCUUAUAGUACUUUGCUGGUAACCCAUCUGGCCUCUGUGUUUUGCCCAUUUUGGCUUGAUUAAUUGCCUGUUGUAACUCCAUCAUAGUUAUAGGUGCAUUAAAUGAAUUAGGUUUCUCUUUUGGAAUUUUUGGUAAAUUAUUUUGCUUUAAAUAUUCUUCAAUAUUAUUUAUGCCGGCUCAGUACAGUUCUGAAUUAUACCUUACAAAUUGCUUUCUUAUGUGUUUCAUAUUAUCUAAAACUUUCCCUUCUAUAUUUCAUUUAUUUAUUAAGUUCAUGUUUUAUUUUUUCUUUAGCUGCCAUGCCUGCAGGUUGUGUGGCUGACUGGCAAAAUAAAAAAAUUUCCGCCAUAGCAUUUUAAUCUUCCAUUCAAUUUCUUGAUUUACCAACAUCAAAUAUUGUGUUUAUAACAUUUUUAUGGUUGCUUUACUGAAUCUUUUCUUGGUUUUUUGAUCAAUUCUUUUUUAUUUUUAAUCAAUUCUUCUAGCAGUUCUCAUUUGUUUGUUUGUUUUUGUUCUCUCAUCUUUUUUUGGAAAGCAUUUUGUUGGAUCAAAAAACCCCACAUUACCGCUUUACUUGAAUCCCAGACAACCUUCAGAUCCACUCCUUGAUUUAAGUUUAACUCAAAAUAGUCUUUCAAAGCUUUUUCAGCUUUGUGUAAAAUUGUUUGGCUAUCAAGAAGUCCAUCAUUUAAUCUCCACCUAAAUGUGUGUGGUUUUUUUCACCUUUCAAUUCCUCUAAUACUGGUUUGUGAUCCGAACAUGUCCUUGAUUGUAUCUCUCCUUUUUUCUUGUCAAUGAUAGUUCAUUAGAUAUCCAUAUCAAGUUGGUUUGUCCAGCAGAUUGCUUUGGUUCUGAAAAAAAGUAAUUUCUCUAUCCAGUGGGUGUUUAAAUCUCCAUAUAUCAAGCAAGUUAAAGUUCUCCACCAUUUUAAAGAAAGUUACGGGUAGUCUCCCCUCCUUAGAAUCUAUUAAAUGGUGAACAUCUGGUAAUGUAUUGUGAGGAAGCCACUUUCAGCCUGAGGGCUGGUAUCUUAAUGAAAAUAGCUCUGGUUGCUGCUGGAAAAGGGACAAACACAAAAAUGAAAGGCAUUUGGACUUUUAGGCAUGGUAAUUUGGCACAGUAAGUAAUAGUGACAUCAUAUGACAUUGAUUGACAGACAGGCGGGGCAAAUGGAGAGACAUGGAAGGCCCCUGCUUUCAAACUGAUUUUUGGAAUCAUAAGAAGAGUCUGAGUGCUAGAUCAUAUGAAAAGUCCAUCCAGUACUGUAUCCUGACCACUCCAUGGCCAACCAGAUAUCUAUGGGAAAAUCGUAUUAUUUCCUCCAGAUAUUCAAUAGAUGCCAAAGCACUCAAAGCAGACAGUCUAUAAAUAAACACCAGUAAAUGUUAUGAAGCAAGAUAUUUAUUUUCAGCACGCACCAAGUAACUGAGAUUUCAGCUGCAAUAUAAACAGAACCAAAAAUUCUCCAUCUGAUCUUAUCAGCUGAUCUAAUGUACAGAUAUCACAAUCAACCCAUUUCUUCCACAAAGAAGAUUGCCCCAAAUUUGGUUUACCCCAUAAAAUAAAUAUAGAGAGAACAUAUGAAUCAAACCCAUAACUGUUCUUUGCAAAUGCUUGCUGAAGUUCCAUAAACUAGAUAUCCAGGAGCUUAGAGAAGAAUAUAAUGCAAAUGAGAAUGCUAUAUUAUCUAAAACAUUUUUCAAUACCUUUGAAUCCAUAUGGAACAUCUUUUUGGUAUAAGAUGGAGACUGAUCCAGCAAAAGAAAAAGAAAGACAUUUCAGUUAUAUUGGACUCAACAAUGUCUUUACAGGAAAUGAUUGUCUAAUACUGAUAGAUGCCAAAGUUUAAUGUUGGAAAUGCCUCAUUGAGACAUAUUUUUGGCCUGAUGUUGUUGUCCAUUUCAACGUUGUACCGAUGAAAUCCUUGACAUUUGUAGAUGUGCAUCUAUUUUAAAAAUUAUGUUCCUGUAAUAGGGAGAUUAAGUGCAGGAGAAUAAAAGCAAAUUUUGUGAGCUUUCAUGCUUGACAAGAGACUAAUACUCUGAGCUUGGAAGGGAAAAGACCCACCAUCCAACCAAUGUGUUCAUAGUCGUUAUAAUAGCUUAUUGUUUCACAGAUGCAACUGAGAGGAUGGAAAAGUCCGGAAUUGAUGAAGCAUCCAGAAAGGAUUCAGCAGCAGCAACACCAACAACAACUGAAACUCGUGGUCUGUAUACAGCACAGUCAUAUGGGAUGAGGUUUCUCAUAAAGUAGAGGAAUGCAUGGGAAAGGGAAGUUGAUGGAGAGACAGGCAGGGAGUGGAGCCAGACAUGUUGUGCUAGCGAGGAGUGCAGAGAAAAGCCCACACAGCUCUUUGGGUGCCAGAGAUCCACUAAGCCCCACAGAAACCCCAGGAUUCAGCCUACUCUUUGCUGCUGGCUGUGGUAUUCCUUUACUGUGUGCAGCCAGGAAUGGCUCUACCAUUAGGCAGAAUGAGGCAGUUGCCUCAGGUAGCAGGUGCUGGGGUGGGUAGAGAUGGGUAGACCACACAAGCUGCACUGCACCUCCUCAGUUAGUCUGCUGCCCCAUCAGCAGCAUCAAAAUAUCAGCCAAUGGCCAGUCCAGCCCAGCUUCUGUAUGUGGAAUUAUGUGUUUGGAGGGAGCAUCUUGUCAUUUGCCUAGUGGGCAGAAAGUCCUUUAGUAUCAAAGGCUACGGUCUUCUGAUCCAGACAUUGGUCAGAAAAGUUUCCUCAAGCAGCAAGGUAUCUCCCCUUACUUCCUCCACCUGCUCAACCACCCAGAUUACCACCUCUUGAACAGUUGACUGUCUCUGGCUGAUGGCUAUCACAGCAUAUGGAAACCCUUUUCCCUGGAGUGGCAAUGGUAUGUUGGCUUGUUGCUGUUUAGUCAUUUAGUCGUGUCUGACUCUUUGUAACCCCAUGGACCAGAGCACGCCAGGCACUCCUGCCUCCCACUGCCUCCCGCAGUUUGGUCAAACUCAUGUUGGUAGCUUCAAGAACACUGUUGGCUACUGAUGGCUAAAUCAGAAUUUUCUUUCUUCAAGCAUCUGUUUUUCAAGACGUGGUUACCUUCUUAGAAUCUCCAACGGGUGAAAGAUAUAUAAUACUUGAGAUUUUCAUCCUUACUGCCAUGACACUGCUGCUUUUCCUUCUAUGUAAGUACAUAAUUAGCAUACUUUGCAACUAAUGUCAUGUGCUUUGCUUAAAUGUCAAUAGCAUUUCCAAAAAGAGAUGGCAGGAUCCACCUUCCAUUUACCCCUUUCAUCUCUCUUUGAUUUCUGGGGGUGAGUUACAGCUGUCACCCACUGAGAGCAAUGGCACUGUUUUGUUCUCCCUGAAUAAGUGAGUUCUAGCACUUGGAACAGAAGCACAGGAUAACACAAGUCCCUGGGACACCCUGGACAAUUCCCUUUCCCAACUAAUCCUCAUUUGCUUGUGGGAAAGCCCUGUGAUGGAAACGUUUCUUUUCUGAGCGGGUUGAGUCAUCUAGUGUCCCCCCCCCCCGCCAGCAAACACUUAACUAACAACAGCGCCUGAUUGGCCAGCAUUCCAAGGGAGGCAAUUGGAGUGGAGUGAGGGAGUGGGAGAGAGGAAUUCAGUCUGUGAGUUGGAUUCUGUUAGGAGAGUUUGUUCUGACAGGUGGUAGAGCUGAAGAGAGCUGAGAACUCUCAGUAUAUGCUCUAAGGUUCUGAAUCGCAGAACUCUGUUAAAAUAGAGAAGACACAGUCCCACAAGCUGUUUACAGGAAAAAAGGGUCCUCAGAGGGGAUACUCUGACUGGAAAGGGCAAUAGUGAUUCCAAGUGAUUUGAGGAUUUGAGGGUCUGUAAGGAAACAGUCCAGUUAAAAUCCUAAUUUCCUGAAAUGUGUGUGGAAAAGUCUGAUCUAUGAAAGAUGUGUAAAAGGAAGUAACCUUAAGCCUGCAUAGCAUACAGCCUAUAACUUGAAACAGUAUAUGUUUUAAUAAAAAGCAUCAGCAUCACGCAGUUAAUAACCUCACUGUUUGUUACAUUUCUGUGGAAGAAGAACCAAAACUCCUUGUUUACAUCUGUUGUAAUAAAGUUUGUUUGCAACCUGUUUUCCCAAAAGUAAAAGCCACAGUUGCUCGUGAUUCAUUCUCCAUUGGGGGAAUUCACCUGAGGGAAGGGAAACUGAGUCUGGCACAGCGGUGCCAGGGAGAGAAAGAGUGCCAUUGCGUCGCUGCAGGCCCAAUUCCUGAUCCUCGCAAGCCUGCCCUCUGCUAGGGCUCCAGUCCCCUGAAGGAAAGUGCUUGGGGAAAACAGGCUGCAAAGGAAAAGGCCAUGGCCAAUUGGGUGGGUCCAGAGCCUACCUAAAUAUCGAAAUAUAUGCAGGGCUUUUUCAGCUGAAAUUGAUCUGGACCCUGUUCUGGCCCCUCUCAGGUGGGUGCUGUUGACACUUUAAGAGAAGAAGGGAGGCAUUAAUGCUGAGUUCCAGCACCUUUUUUUGCAGAAAAAUAGCAUUGGAUAGAUGAGCCCUUGACCUAUUUGAACACCUAAUUCAUUUUUAAAGGGCACUUGAAAGUAAGCAAAGCUCGGGGGGGGGGGGAAUCAAAUGAUCCAAGAAUUUGCAUAUUUUAAGCAUGUGGCAGAGCAUGAGGCAGCCUGGCAAAUGCAAGACUGUAGGACCAAGAGGACAGGUGUAUCUAGACAACCAAAAAUCCAAAGCUCUCAAAGGGAGGCCAAACCAUCUAAUGACAGAAGUAACAGGCCAAAUGGAAACAGGACUUCAGAUCAGCAGGGCAGCCGCUAUCAAGGGCUGAGAGCAGAAAAUAUUAAUAAAAGUCAUAGCCAUGGUUUUGUUGAUUUGAUUUCUUAUCUGCGUUACAAGUCAGCAAUUUAAAUUGAAUAUUAAAAGCAGUUUGAAACCAAGUAUCCCCUCCCCCAGUUAAUCAGACAAUUUAAUCAUUUCUUUUCUACCUACUUCAUCCUUAGAUCAAAAGGAACUAAAAAGAAGAGCGGAGUUUCAAAUGGCAAUGGAUAUCAUUCGGACCUUUGUUGUUGGGCUUGAUACAAUCCAUGAAGACAAGGAUGGUAAGCAUUUUUUUAUGCACAUCCUCACUUUUGCUAGACCUUGUUUAAUUUAAACAGGCUUCAAUUCCUGUAGUUCACUUUGGGAUUCAUAUUGUGUAAGCAAUACAUUUAUUCAAUGAAACUCAUCACCCAAUAGAGUUUAUCACGUUUCAUUGCUCAGCAGGAAGAAAAGCAGAUGGUUGUGAUUCUCACAUCCCCCCACUAGAAAUGCUGUCCUUCCCCAUCAAAUUGUAAUUCACAAUGUUUUUGCUACUGCAAGAUUUUAGCACUGGCACAAGGGAACUUUGCCCCCCCUUCUCCCUGCAUGCCAUCACCAAAGCUGCUCUGCAGGGUGGGGAACAGAUUGGAGGGAAAGGGGCUGAAGAUUGCAUUGCACAAUGAGAAAUUCCUGCACUGACAUAAUGUCCUCCUUAGAAUUAUGUGGAAUGCAACCCAGUAUUCAUCAGAAAAAGAGUUUUGGCACCUCUAUUUUCUUAGAUCUCACAAAGCAUAAUGUUGUUGUCAUUGUUUAGUUGUUUAGUCAUGUCUGAAUCUUCAUGACCCCAUGGAACAGAACACGCCAGGCACUCCUAUCUUCCACUGCCUCCCGCAGUUUGGUCAAACUCAUGUUUGUAGCUUCAAGAACACUGUCCAGCCAUUUCGUCCACUGUCAUCCCCUUCUCCUUGUGCCCUCCAUCUUUCCCAACAUCAGGGUCUUUUCCAGGGAGUCUUCUCUUCUCAUGAGGUGGCCAAAGUAUUAGAGUCUCAGCUUCAGGAUCUGUCCUUCAAGUGAGCACUCAGGGCUGAUUUCCUUAAGAAUGGAUUGGUUUGAUCUUCUUGCAGUCCAUGGGACUCUCAAGAGUCUUCGGCGAUCAGCCUUCUUUAUGGUCCAGCUCUCACUUCCAUACAUCACUACUGGGAAAACCAUAGCUUUUACUAUACAGACCUUUGUUGGCAAGGUGAUGUCUCUGCUUUUUAAGAUGCUGUCUAGGUUUGUCAUUGCUUUUCUCCCAAGAAGCAGGAUUCUUUUAAUUUCGUGACUGCUGUCACCAUCUGCAGUGAUCAUGGAGCCCAAGAAAGUAAAAUCUCUCACUGCUUCCAUUUCUUCCCCUUCUAUUUACCAGGAGGUGAUGGGACUAGUGGCCAUGAUCCUCAUUUUUUUGAUGUUGGGCUUCAGACCAUAUUUUGCGCUCUCCUCUUUCACGCUCAUUAAAAGGUUCUUUAAUUCCUCCUCACUUUCUGCCAUCAAGGUUGUGUCAUCUGCAUAUCUGAUAUCUUAAUUCCGGUUUGGGAUUCAUCCAGCCCAGCUUUUCGCAUGAUGAUUUCUUCAUAUAAGUUAAAUAAGCAGGGAGACAAUAUACAGCCUUGUUGUACUCCUUUCCCAAUUUUGAACCAAUCAGUUGUUCCAUAUCCAGUUCUAACUGUAGCUUCUUGUCUCACAUAGAGAUUUCUCAGGAGACAGAUGAGGUGAUCAGGCAUUCCCAUUUCUUUACGAACUUGCCAUAGUUUGCUGUGGUCGACACAGUCAAAGGCUUUUGCAUAGUCAAUGAAGCAGAAGUAGAUGUCUUUCUGGAACUCUCUAGCUUUCUCCAUAAUCCAGCGCAUGUUUGCAAUUUGGUCUCUGGUUCCUCUGUCCCUUCGAAAUCCAGCUUGCACUUCUGGGAGUUCUCUGUCCACAUACAGCUUAAGCCUGUCUUGUAGAAUUUUAAGCAUAACCUUGCUAGCGUGUGAAAUGAGUGCAAUUGUCCUGUAGCUGGAGCAUUCUUUGGCACUGCCCUUCUUUGGGAUGGGGAUGUAGACUGAUCUUCUCCAAUCCUCUGGCCACUGCUGAGUUUUCCAAUCUUGCUGGCAUAUUGAGUGUAGCACCUUAACAGCAUCAUCUUUUAAAAUUUUAAAUAGUUCAGCUGGAAUAUCAUCACUUCCACUGGCCUUAUUAUUAGCAGUGCUUUCUAAGGCCCAUUUGACUUCACUCUCCAGGAUGUCUGGCUCAAGGUCAGCAACCACACUACCUGGGGUGUACGAGACAGCCAUAUCUUUCUGGUAUAAUUCCUCUGUGUAUUCUUGCCACCUCUUGAUGUCUUCUGCUUCUGUUAGGUCCUUACCACUUUUGUCCUUUAUUAUGGUCAUCUUUGUAUGAAAUGUUCCUUUCAUAUCUCCAAUUUUCUUGAACAGAUCUCUGGUUUUUCCCAUUCUAUUGUUUCCCUCUAUUUCUUUGCAUUGGUCAUUUAAGAAGGCCUUCUUGUCUCUCCUUGCUAUUUUUUUUGAAAUCUGCAUUCAAUUUCCUGUAUCUUUCACUAUCUCCCUUGCAUUUUGCUUGCCUUCUCUCCCCCGCUAUUUGUAAGGCCUCAUUGAACAGCCACUUUGCUUUCUUGCAUUUCCUUUUCAUUGGGAUGGUUUUCGUUGCUGCCUCCUGUAUAAUGUUAUGAGCCUCCAUCCAUAGUUCUUCAGGCACUCUGUCCACCAAAUCUAAAUCCUUAAACCUGUUCCUCACUUCCACUAUGUAUUCAUAAGGGAUUUGAUUUAGAUUGUAUCUUACCAGCCCAAUGGUUUUUCCUACUUUCUUCAGUUUAAGCUUGAAGUUUGCUACAAGAAGCUGAUAAUCUGAGCCACAGUCAGCUCCAGGUCUUGUUUUUGCGGAGUAUAUAGAGGUUCUCCAUCUUUGGCUACAGAGAAUAUAAUCAAUCUGAUUUUGAUGCUGCCCAUCUGGUGAUAUCCAUGUGUAGAGUCGUCUGUUGUGUUGUUGGAAAAGAGUGUUUGUGAUGACCAGCUUAUUCUCUUGGCAGAACUCUAUUAGCCUUUGCCCUGCUUCAUUUUGAACUCCAAGGCCAAACUUGCCAGUUGUUCCUUUUAGCUCUUGAAUCUCCCUACUUUAGCAUUCCAACCCCCUAUAAUGAGAAGAACAUCCUUCUUUGGUGUCAUUUCUAGCAGGUGUUGUAAGUCUUCAUAGAACUGAUCAAUUUCAGUUUCUUCAGCAGCAGUAGUUAGUGCAUAAACUUGGAUUACUGUCAUGUUAAAAGGUCUGCCUUGGAUUCGUAUUGAGAUCAUUCUGUCAUUUGUGAGAUUGCAUCCCGGUACAGCUUUCACCAUUCUUUUGUUGACUAUGAGGGCCACUCCAUUUCUUUUAUGGGAUUCUUGCCCAUAGUAGUAGAUAUGAUGGUCAUCCAAACUGAAUUUGCCCAUUCCCAUCCAUUUUAGUUCACUGAUGCCAGGAUGUCAAUAUUUAUUCUUGCCAUCUCAUUUUUGACCACAUCCAGCUUACCAAGGUUCAUGGUUCUUACAUUUCAUGUUCCUAUGCAAUAUUUUUAUUUACAACAUUGGACUUUCCCUUCGCUUGCAGGCAUAUUCACAACGGAGUGACCUUUUGGUUUUGGCCCAGCCACUUCAUCAGCUCUGAAUCUACUUGUACUUGUCCUCCGCUCUACUUGUACUUGUCCUCCGCUCUUCCUCAGUAGCAUGUUGGACACCUUCCGACCUGAGGGGCUCAUCUUCCAGCGUCAUAACUUUUAUAUGCCUAUUGUCUUUUUCCAUGGGGUUUUCUUGGCAGGGAUACUAGAGUGGCUUGCCGGUUCCUGCUCCAGGUGGAUCGUGUUUGGUCAAAACACUCCACUAUGACCUGUCCAUCAGGGUGGCCCUGCAUGGCAUAGCUCAUAGCUUCUCUGAGUUAUUCAAGCCCCUUCGCCACAGCAAGGCACUGAUCCAUUAAGGGGACAAAGCAUAAUAGAAAACUGCAAAGUAAUCUUUGUAUAUUUGGCUUUACUGUGUGACUCAGUGGGGAAUUGGUUUGUGACCCUGUGAUUCCCUGCAGAAAACAUAGGAGGGGAACAUUAGAGAUACUUCAUGAGCCACUUUUAAUAUGAGAAUAGGAUAGUGGAUUGCAUGGGUCUUAAAAUGUUUGAAAAUGUUUGAAAAUGGUUUCUUAAUAUUUGCAGAUUGUUAUUUCAGAUACUCUUUUGCCUUAAACUAUUUCAAAUCUUUUAGACUUCGGAAUACUCGCAGUAGCUCAAAACGCAUCAGAGGAAUUGCUGUAUCUUGCCAACAAAAAUGAUGAACUGCAAAAAGAAAUUGGUAAGCUACCCUACGAUGCUGAAGAAUAGUAGUGCAGUGGGAACCUGCCCUAAGUCUGCGCCAGCUGAAAGCCCCUCCUCUAGCUGAAAACUCUUAGAGCCAGAGCAGAGUGCUGCGCUCCUUUGCAUGGGGCCACCCUAGAGAAACAUCAGAGAUAUUUAGUUCAGCUCUCCUGAACCUUUGAAUUGACUUAGCCUCUAUGGUUAGGAAAGAAAAGACUUUUCCAUUCUUUGCUAUAGCAGAGACAAUCAAAACAGGUAAGGUAAAAGACCUGUUCUUUAUUAUUUUCACCCAUGAGAGCCCUGCCUCUGCAGAGACAAUCAAAAGCGGUCAACUGAAAGAGAAAGAUUCAUGAGCAGCACUUUGAAGGCAACUUUCGCCAACUUGGUCAGAGAGACUGCUGGGCAGUGGGGUGAUUCGUGCAACAGCAAAACCUCUCUCCUGUUUCACAAGCCCAUCAUCAGACAGAAACCCUCAAGCCCACUCACAUAGUGAAUUGACCCCUUGGCCACUGAACACAUAAUAGGUAAAGUGAUUAUAAAAUUGUCUAUAAAGCUUUAGAUGCGAGAGCAAAGAAUGGGAAUGAACGCAUUGUCAGGGAGAGGCAAACAGGGAAAGAGCUAAGGGGAGAGACCAGCACUUAUAGAGAGCCGAAAGAGAUCAUUAGUAGUCUGUCGUCUGACAGCGAAGAGGAGGCAGGGAGGGGGGAGGAUGAGCCCGCAACUAGUCAUUCUGUAAACAGAGGAAAUCAGAGGCGUGGUUUCCGCAGACUUGCAUGUUGGGCAAGAAAAAGUAAAAAGAAACCAGACGCGGCAUCUUUGCCAACAGGGUCGGACAUGCUCUGAAGCACUGGAGAUGUUCCUUUGAACUUUGUAAAUAAAUCAAAGAGAUUGUAACUGGCAGCAAGCCUGGAGGUUUUAUCUAUGCCGGCUUGGCAGCACACACCUCUUACAGCAUGCUGCGUCCCCAAUUUGCUGCUGGAAAGCUGGCGGAAUAAGGAAUAAGCCUCAGAAUGGAGAAGGAGGUCUUGGAGCUGAGAAAGUGAAAUGUCGCUCUGGAACAGAGAUCGUCCGACUUGCAGGCCCGUCUGGAAGAAGCCAGGGCUGCUCAGAGAGAACCCACAGGUGGGCUAUCGGCAGAUGGGGGCAAGUCAGUGUGGGUGGAACGGUUCCAUGGCGACCCGGAAAGUUACUUGGAUUUCAAAACCGAAAUGAGAUUUUUUUAGAGCUUGAAUCGGCCAAGUUUGGGAACGAUGCCCAGAAAGUUGCUCACAUAAUUAGACACCUGACGGUAGGGGCUUGAAGUUGGAUCCGGCCGUUAAUAGCCUCAAAUAAUGAAGCCCUCAGAAAUGUGGCCAAGUUUUGGCAAGCUAUGGACUUUAUCUAUGCAGAUCAAAGUUUAAUUGACAAGAUGCAGGAGGAGCUUUUGGCUUUGAAACAAGGCAGAUCCACGGUACGCAGUUACUGGUCAGAAUUUGCUAUGCACGUGCAGAAACUGGGUUGGGAUUUAGAGGCAGACCCUGUACAAGCUUUGUUUAAAAAUGGACUUAACCCAGAAAUUAAGGACGAGCUUGCAAGGGGCACACACCCUAAAAAUAUGGACGAAUUAACGAAGGCUGCUCUUGGGGUGGGUUUGAGACAGGAAGCCAGAUGACGGGAAAGGAAGCAAGGCAGAGAGCGGAGUUUCCAUGGUGACCGCAUUCUUGAGAUGCCUGCAGCUUCCUCAGAAUGUCAACAAGAGCAGGAGCCUAUGGAGAGAGGCACAGCCCGGGCACGGGAGAGUUUGAAAGGCCAACGUUCGGGCGGGAAGGAGAAAAAAGACUGGCAAGCGGCAAAAAGAUGUUUUGUGUGUCAGAAAACUGGGUACUUUGCCAGAGUGUGUCCAGAGCGUCGUAACUGGCAGGAAAUGGUGGGGGCCACCCAACAGGCGGAGGCAGAGGAAGCCCAGCCUUCGGGAAACGAAGAAGCCUGGCUGGUGGUGGACCGGGGCAAUAGCCAGGCGGGAGCAACACAGAAAAUCCUCAGUUUGGGCACCCCAAAGCAAGCAUAGUGUUGAAGGUGGUCCUAGAACUCCCAAAUGGACAGGCGGUGGAGGAGUUGGCGCUAGUUGAUUCUGGUGCUUCAGUGUCCUUUUUUAGCAAGGAGUUUGCAGCGCAGCACCAACUGAACCUGAGGCCUUUGGAUUUUCCUCUGCAAGUGACCACAAUUGAUGGAAGAGAACUGCUGGGAGGUGAAGUGACGCAUCGAACACCUCCAAUGCGAAUGCAUGUGGCUACCCACUCAGAGGUCAUCGCCUUUCACGUGGCCACACUGGCAGGUCCGCCUAUCAUAUUGGGCACGAGCUGGUUGGCUUUGCACGAUCCGGUGGUUUCCUGGCACCAACGGUCCCUGACGUUCGGUUCGACGCACUGCAUGGAGAACUGCCUGGCUCAAGGGCAACCUCAACAAAGGGAGGGCAGGAGGGCAGCAGCAUGCAGAGCAGGGACGACCGAGAUCCCGUCGUGUUACAGGGAUCUACAGGAGGUGUUCAGCAAGAAAGAGAUGGACGCGUUGCCGCCGCAUCGACCAUAUGAUUGUCAGAUCAACCUGGUCCCGGGGGCCACGUUGCCGGUGGGAAAGACCUAUUCCAUGUCGGAGGGAGAGCUCAAGGACCUAAAGGAGUUUAUUGAGAAAAAUCUAAGAAGGGGGUUCAUCAGGGAAUCCAAGGGGGCAGGGGGGAGCCCCGUGUUCUUCGUGGACAAGAAAUCGACUAAAGAAAGGAGGCAUGUACUGAACUUUAGAAUCCUGAACAGCCUGACGGAACCGGUGGCUUUCCCAAUGCCGAGGAUCGACGAUGUUCUGGCCUGGGUGCAGAAAGGGAAGAUUUUCACCAAACUGGACCUCCGGGGGGGCAUACAACCUCAUUUGAGUGCGAGAGGGGGAUGAGUGGAAGACCACCAUGUUCACUCCGAUGGGGGCGUUUGAGUAUCUAGUCAUUCCCUUCGGUUUGCAGUGCGGAAGUCACUGUUUCCUUUUUUUUUUUUAAGAAUAUUUAUUCCAAUUUUAAAAUUACAUAGAAAGAAAAAAGCAAAAAAAGAAAAACAAAUCACAUACAUCCUACAGAAAAAGAACAACACACGAUACAGAAAAAACAUACAAAAGACAAAAAUCACAAUACAAAAAUAACAAAAAUCAAAUCAAACCAUUAGAACCGUUUUCCCAUUUACUUAUUUCCGUGACUUCCUCUCACUUCUCUGCUUUGUAUUCUAAUUUGAAUCGUAUCUCCAGCAAACCCUUCUAACCUUCUUUUCAUUUACUUAUUUUAACAUUCAAAAAUAUUUAAUUCUCCUCUAUCUUUUAUUUUACACUUCAUAUUUACUUAUUCCAUUAUACUCUGUCUGCCAAUACGAUCUAACAUUCUUCUCCAACCUUUUCUAACAUUCUUUUAUAUUACAGUAUUUCUGAAGAUAUGUUUUAAAUUUUUUCCAAUCUUCUUCCAUCGACCCUUCUUCUUGAUCUCGAAUUCUGCCGGUCAUUUCAGCCAGUUCCAUAUAGUCUAUCACUUUUCUCUGCCAUUCUUCUCGGGUGGGCAAUUCUUGUGUCUUCCAGUAUUUCCCAAUGAGUAUUCUUGCUGCUGCUGUCGCAUACAUAAAGAAGUUCCUAUCUUCCCUUCGCACCAGUUGGCCGACCAUGCCCUCUUGGGCUUUCCUCUUGGGAAGUCACUGUUUCCAAGCCUUCAUGCACCACGUACUAGGACCUUUGCUCUACAAGAACUGUGUUUGCUUUUUGGACUACUUGCUCGUGUACUCCGAAGACGAGAAACAGCACGUGAAGGACUUACGUCAGGUCCUGAGCAAACUUAAGGAGCAUCGCUUGUGGGUCAAGCUGGAGAAAUGUCAGUUCCACGCAAAGGAAGUCGAAUUCCUGGGGUACUGGCUGUCGGACCAGGGUUUGGCCAUGGAUCCAGAGAAAGUGAAGGCGGUGGUGGAAUGGGAGAGCCCCAAGACCAGGAAAGGUGUUCAGCGUUUCCUGGGUUUCAGCAAUUUCUACAGGAAAUUCAUCAAAGAUUUCGCAAAAACUGACGGUGCCCAUAACGGACUGUCUCAGUGUCAAGAAGAGGUUUCAGUGGACACAGGCGGCCCAAGAGGGGUUUGAGAAGCUUAAGAGGGCUUUCGCUUUGGAGGAGCAACUGAUCCUCGUCGACCCUGCUCAACCACUACUGGUGGAGACAGAUGCGUCGGAUCGGGCGAUAGGGGCGGUGCUGCUGCAGCCAGAUCGAAAGGGGGAGUGGCGGCCGUGUGCUUUUUUUUGCGGAAACUGAACAAAUCGGAGCAGAACUAUACCAUCUAUGAUAAGGAAUUGCUUUCGAUCGUCGCUGCUUUCAAACAAUGGAGGCACUUCCUGAUUGGGGCAAAGCACCAAAUUUUGGUGUGCACCGACCACAAAAAUUUGGAGUACUGGUGUACGGCACGGGUGUUGUGCCAGAGACAGAUAAGAUGGGCAGAGUUCUUUGCCAACUUCAACUUUAAGAUCCAAUAUGUGCCGAGAGAGCAGAAUGCGAGGGCUGAUGCGCUCUCCCGGAAACCCAAGUAUAUGAUGAGGAAGGACCUCCGGUGGCAAGACUGAUGUUCCCCGAGAGCAAAUGGAUGUGUGGGGGGACUUUAGUCAAGGACAACUAACUAAUGCAACUGCUCAGAGACGAUGACUUUGCCAGACAAAAGAUGGGGGAGUUAAGAGAAAAAGGGGGUGCCGAGGGGGGUUUUGAAGUGAAAGGGGGGCUUCUGUACCAUAGGGGGGCCUUGUACGUUCCAGGAGAAAACAUUCGGGGCAGAAUUCUCAAGCAACUCCACGACAGCUGCACGGCAGGGCAUUUUGGACACCAUAAGACCAUGCUACUGGCCACACGGGAAUUUUGGUGGCCAAGGGUGAGAGAGGAUGUAAAGGAAUAUGUGCGACACAUGCCAGAGGGCCAAAGGGGAAAGGGCGGCACCAGCGGGGUUGCUGGAACUGUUGCCGACACCCGGAAAGCCGUGGGAGGUGGUAGGGGUGGAUUUUAUCACUGAUCUGCCCAGAUGUAAGGGUAAGACCACUAUCAUGGUGGUGGUGGAUCUCCUGGCCAAAAUGUGCCACUUCGUGCCCUGUUCGCACGCGUGACGGCAGAAUAAACAGCCAAGCUGUUCGUAGAGCAUGUGUUUAGGUUACAUGGGAAACCUGCACGGGUGGUUUCGGACCGGUGGGCUCAAUUCACCUCAUGUUUUUGGCGCAAACUCAUGGGGCUGCUCCAGGUGGAAGUGAGUUUCACUACGGCUAGGCACCCCGAGACCAAUGAGCAAGCGGAGAGGGCGAAUGCUGUUUUACAACAGUAUUUGCGGUGUUAUGUAAGUCAAAAACAGAACGAUUGGGUUGACAAACUAGCCCUGGCAGAGUUUGCUUACAUUAACGCGGAGAAUGUAUCCACUGGGAUGACUCCGUUCUUUGCCAAUCACGGGCAUCAUCCCAGGGCUUUCCCCAGAAAGGGGGAGGAGUCGUGGAGUGUUCCAGCGGCCGAACAGUUUGUGGAGGAGAUGGAAGCGAUCCACAGACAGCUGCAGUUGAAUUUGGAACGGGCUAAGGAGUUAUACAAGAAGGAAGCCAACAAACAUCGGCGGCCAGGGGAGGCCAUCAGGGUUGGGGACAAGGUGUGGUUGUCCACGCAAGGGUUGCCUUGGAGAGGGGGCUGCAAAAAGCUCAAGCCCAGGAAGGUGGGGCCUUUUGAGGUUAUCCAACAAAUAAAUCCGGUGGCGUUUAAGCUUAGGUUGCCAGAGAGCAUGAGAAUCCAUCCGGUGUUCCACAGGUCACUGCUCUUCCCCUACAGGGAGGGGGGAAGGAGGCAGGGUAGUGGGGAAGGGGAAAGCCAACCACCCGAAAUGGAGGAAAGGGAGCAGUGCAACGAGGUAACAGAAAUACUGGACUCUCGUUGGAGAGGGGGGAAUUUGGAAUAUUUGGUGGCAUGGGAAGGGGCCCCGACAUCAGAGAAUACCUGGGUCCCGGAAGACAGUAUCACCGACAAGGGCCUGGUGGAGGGGUUCCACAGUUUCCCCCCUGACAAACCCAAAACCAGGGGUAGGUUCUUUCAACAGGUGUUCGAAACAACAGAGGACGAAGAGGAAUUCGAAGGUUUCCCAGCAUCGGAUGAGGAGGAAGAAGAAGACGAAGGCGUAGACUGGGGAACACCAGGAAUUGGGGGUUGGAGGGGGGUGUUCGAAAAGACGGAUGAGGAAGAGGGUAGUUUUGCUGGCUUCUCCCCUACCACCCCAGAGGAAAGCGAUAUGGGUACAGUCGGGUCUCCUGAGUGGGAGGGGGUGGAUGUCAUGGAGAGGCAAACGGGGAAAGAGCUAACGGGAGAGACCAGCACUUAUAUAUAUAUAUAUUUUAAAAAGAUAUUUAUUAGAGUUUAAAAAUUACAAAAAAAAGAACAGCAAGCAGUGAACAGUUACAAAACCUCAAAAACAAAAGAAAAUACAAUAAAACAAAACAACAACAGUACAUCAAAACAUUAAAAAAGAAAAAACAGAAACAUUUAAAAAACACAAACUUUUAAAAAAAUAGAAGAAAAACAAACAAACAAACAAAACCCCCGUAUUUUCAUAUCCUUAUCUUUCAUUUGCUUAUUUCCUCGACUUCCUCACACCUCCUUUUUUUGUAUUCUAGUUCAAUUAAUUAUUCCAGCAAAUCCUUUCCCUCUUUCUCAAAUUUAGUUCCAUAAUUUAUCUUAACGCAAUUUAACCUUAAUUUUUGCACCUUUACCCAUUGUCAAUCUAUUCAUACUUAAUUCUUUAUAACAUUUCUGCUAAAGUCAUAUAGCUUAUUUCCAGCAUCCUUCUAACACUCAUUAAUUUUACAAUGUUUCUGUAAGUAUACUUUAAAUUUUUUCCAAUCUUCUUCCACCGACUCUUCUCCCUGGUCUCGGCUUCUGCCCGUCAUUUCCGCCAACUCCAUGUAGUCCAUCAGCAUCAUCUGCCAUUCUUCCCGGGUAGGUAGAUCUUGUGUUUUCCAGUACUUUGCAAUGAGAAUUCUUGCUGCUGUCGUAGCAUACAUAAAAAAAUUUCUAUCCUUCUUUGACACCAAUUGGCCGACCAUGCCCAGGAGAAAGGCCUCUGGUUUCUUCAAGAAGGUAUAUUUAAAUACCUUUUUCAUUUCAUUAUAGAUCAUUUCCCAGAAAGCCUUAAUCUUUGGGCAUGUCCACCAAAGUUGAAAGAAAGUACCUUCAGUCUCCUUACAUUUCCAACAUUUAUUAUCAGGCAAAUGAUAGAUUUUUGCAAGCUUGACUGGUGUUAUGUACCACCUAUAAAUCAUUUUCAUUAAGUUCUCUUUUAAGGCAUUACAUGCCGUAAACUUCAUACCUGUGGUCCAUAACUGUUCCCAGUCAGCCAUCAUAAUGUUAUGUCCCACAUCUUGUGCCCAUUUAAUCAUAACAGAUUUCACCGUUUCAUCUUGAGUAUUCCAUUUCAACAGCAGGUUAUACAUUCUUGACAAAUUCUUAACUUUAGAGUCUAACAAUUCUGUUUCCAAUUUUGAUUUUUCCACUUGGAAGCCUAUUUUUUUAUCCACAUUAUACAUCUCUUUUUUUUUUUUAAUGAUGUUUAUUGAAAUUUCAAAAAAUACAAAGCUUACACAAAAACAAAAAGUAAAAAAUACAAAAGCUUACACACACAAAAAUAAAAAAAAUAAAAAAAAUGAGAAAAUAGAAGAUACAGAAGAAAAAUAAAAGAAAACAGAACAAAUUCAUUAUUUUCAGAUCCUUAACUGUCAUUACCUUCUUUCUUAGACCUCCUCCUCCUCCCUUCCUUUGUAUUCUAGUUAUUAAUUAUCCCAGCAUAUCCUUUCCUUUCCAUAUUUCAAAAAAAAUAAAACAUAAAAGAAAUUCUCAACUAAUUUAAUCCUAUCUUUCUAUAAUAAAAUAAACCUUAAAGUUUAAAAUUUAAGUCUUAACUUUACCAACUUCUUGUGUUCAUAAUGUUCUUUCAUAAUUCUUUAUGCAUCUUUACUAAAGCCAGGUAAUUUCUUCCAACAUUUUUCUAUCAUUCAUUUUUCUAUCAUUCUAUCAUUCAUCAACUUUAUAAAGCAUUCUAUUAGUUAAAAAAAGAGAAAAAGCAUAUAAACAAGUCCAAUCUUUAUCCAACGUCCCUUCCUCCUGGUUCCGGGAUUUGUCAGUCCUUAUUCCUCAAUCUAACCCGAUGACCUUAUGUCCGAGGCCCUCAGGUCACUUCCAUGGCCCUUCCGCGGCUUUUCUUCAUAUUUGUGGCUGUAGUCACUUGCUCGUGAUAACUCCAACUUAGUAGUGUUUUUAGCCCUUCUCAUCAGAUCAGACCCUUUUCCGUAUUCAUCGCUGCAUUCCAUGUAGUAUUUAAGAGCAUGCUUCAAGGGCCCUCCGAAAUUGUGGGAGCCAAUCUCGCACUUUAUUUUUCAAAACUCUGCAAUUUUAAUCUAUCUCCCUCUUGUUCCAAAAUUUCACAAUACUUCGGCCAUUUGGCCUCCAUAUUGAGUUUUUUCUGAGCCUUUGCUUCCAUUGGUGACAGCCAUCUUGGGGUUUUGCUUUCUAGCAAAUCCUUAUAUCUUACCCAAACAUUAAACAGUGCUUUUCUAACAAUAUGGUUUUUAAACGCUUUAUGUGCUUUAACCUUGUCAUACCACAAAUAUGCAUGCCAACCAAAUACAUUAUUGAAACCUUCCAAAUCCAACACAUCCGUAUUUUCAAGAAGCAUCCAUUCUCUCCAGCCAACAAAAUGCGGCUGAUUCAUAAUAAAGUUUGAGGUCUGGCAGGGCAAAUCCACCUCUUUCUUUAACAUCUGUUAAUAUUUUAAAUUUUAUACGAGGCUUCUUGCCCUGCCAGACAAAUCUAAAGAUAUCUCUCUGCCACUUCUUGAAACAGUCCAUCUUGUCCAAAAUUUGCAAUGUUUGAAACAAAAAUAAUAUUCUUGGCAAUACAUUCAUUUUAAUCACAGCAAUUCGACCUAGCAAUGAUAGCUUCAAAUCUGACCAUAUUUCUAAAUCCUUUUUCACUUCCGUCCAACAUUUUUCAUAGUUAUCCUUAAAUAGAUUCACAUUCUUAGCAGCCAUAUUUACCCCUAAAUAUUUCACUUUCUUAACCAAUGUCAAUCCUGUCUCCUUCUGGAACUUGUCUCUCUCAAUCUCAUUUAGAUUUUUCUCUAAAACUUUAGUUUUCGUCUUAUUCAACUUAAAACCUGCUACCUGACCAAAUUCUUGAAUCAAUUCUAAUACUCUUUAAGUGCUUGAUUCUGGCUCCUGUAAAGUCAAUACCAAAUCAUCGGCAAAUGCUUUCAACUUAUACUGUUUGGUUCCCAAUUGGAUACCUUUUACCAAUUGGACCCUUCUAAUCAUAUUUAAUAAAACCUCCAGGACCGAUAUAAAAAGCAAUGGAGAGAUUGGGCAACCUUGUCGUGUUCCUUUCUCAAUCUUAAAUUCUUCCGUCACUACAUUAUUCACAAUUAAUUUAGCCUUUUGUUCUGAGUAGAUUGCACCUAUACCAUUUCCAAAACCUUUACCAACCCCCAUCCCCAAUAGAUUCUUCUUCAUAAAACUCCAAGAAAUAUUGUCAAAGGCUUUCUCCGCGCCCACAAAAAUCAGAACUGCUUUAGUAUUAAUCUUCACUUGUAACUUUUCUAAAAUGUUAAUUAUAUUCCUCAUAUUAUCAGACAAAUGUCUGCCCAGGAGAAAACCCGCUUGGUCUUUAUGAAUUUCUUCUGCUAACACCUUUUUUAAACUUUUAGCCAAAAUGUCUGCAAAAAUUUUAUAAUCCACGUUAAGCAGUGAUAUGGGACGGUAGUUCUUAAGUUGCGUCUUUUCAGACUCUGAUUUUGGUAUAAGUGUAAUGUAUGCUUCCUUCCACGACUCGGGUGCUCUUUUCCCUUCCAAUAUUUCAUUACAGACUUCCUUUAAAGGUUGUAUUAACCAUUCUUUCAAAGUUCUGUAAUAUCUAGAAGUCAGUCCAUCGAGACCAGCACUUAUAGAGAGCCGAAAGAGAUUAUUAGUAGUCUGUUGUCUGACAGCGAAGAGGAGGCAGGGAGGGGGGAGGAUGAGCCCGGAACUAGUCAUUCUGUAAACAGAGGAAAUCAGAGGCGUAGUUUCCGCUGACUUGCAUGUUGGGCAAGAAAAAGUAAAAAGAAACCAGACACGGCAUCUUUGCCGACAGGGUCGGACAUGCUCUGAAACACUGAAGAUGUUUCUUUGAACUUUGUAAAUAAAUCAAAGAGAUUGUAACUGGCAGCGAGCCUGGAGUUUUUAUCUAUGCCGGCUUGGCAGCACACACCUCUUACACGCAUAUUACGUCAAUUGUACAUAAAAAGCAAGGUAAAGAUGUUCAGCACCAAAGCACAAAUUUUGUGAGAGUCGUAUAAUGCCAUUUCCCUCUUUCUCUUUGACCUUUGGAAAUAUGAUUGCUUUUAAAGACAUUUUUCCAAAACCAGGUCUAAAUCCUGAUUGACAAGGAUCUAGAAAAUCAGUUUUCUCCAAGAGCACCUGGAUCUGGUCCAUAACCACCCACUCAAGAACCUUGCACAGGAAGGGGAGAUUAGCAACCGGCAGGCAGUUACUUAGAUUUUCUGAGCACAGGGAAGAUUUCUUAAGGAGUGGUUUUACCACUCCUGCCUUCAAGCAGGUUGGGACCAGCCCCUCUUAUAAAGAGGCAUUAAUAACCUUUCUAGUCCAGCCAGCUGUCCCUUCCCUACUAGUUUGUAUCAGCCACAAGGGGCAGGGUCCAGUGUGCAAGUGGUUGUCCUGACUGAUCCAAGGACCUUGUCCACAUUCUUGAACCUUGUCUCAUCAGCCCUGUUCAGGGAAGUUUUAAAUGGUUGGUGUUCAAUUGUGUUUUAAUUUUUUGGAAGUAGCCCAGAGUGGUUGGGGGAAACCCAGUCAGAUGGGCAGCAUGUUGUUGUUGUUGUUGUUGUUGUUGUUGUUGUUGUUGUUGUUGUUAUACGGUUGUUCCAGAGAUCAGCCAAAACUCAGCAGGAGCACCUGUCAGAUCAGCUGGAAAAUCCCCCAGAGCCAUUUGGAAGCCCACUGGAUUUGGAAGCCCACUGGAUCCAUCCUGUCAGCUCAGGGAGGGAGACUGCUUGGCAGCAAACCAGGUGGUAAACCAGCAGAAUCCCUCAUCUGUCCCAGUUGCCCAAUGCCAGCAACACACACACUAGAUUCCUGCCCCCUCUGCAACUGAACAGAGAGCUUGUAGAGAGAAAGAGAAUUUUGAUAAACCACAGCUACUCCCCCUUCCCAACCUUCAAGUCUGCCCUGAUGCUGCCCUAAGUAUCCAGGUGGAAACAAGUAGGUGAGGUUCUUGACUGCACUCCCUGUUCCACCUAUGCCCACCCAGGUAUUUACUGCACCAUCAACAUGGGUUGAAGAGUUAAUGUUUUUCUUGUUUUAAGAUUUCUGAGCUUCCUAGAUGAAUAUAUGUUAUCAUGUGGCGAGAGAAAUGAACUUAACAAAAACAACUGAAAUCUGCACAGACAUAUAAGGUGGUUCCCAUUAAAUUCCCUACCUUGUUUUCUUUUUCUCUUCUUCCUCCAUAUCUGGCUUGACUCAAAGACCUCCUUAUUGGAAACUUGAAUGACGGUUGGAUUAUAUAUCAAAGGACUUUCUAUUUCUUUUCUCAUGACCACGAUUCAUGGGCCAAUUCAAAAAAAAAAUGUGAGAAUGAAGGUGCCAAGCUCCUUUCUAUGGAAACAUUUCAAGAACAGGUGAGCAUCAAAGCCGAGUAUUGAAAAGGUAGGGGCUCUUCUUGAGCCAAAGGGCUCCUAUCAUCACUAUCCAUUUAGGAAGGUUACAUGUACCUGUAUGCAGCCAAGACAGCAAUUCCAUCAGUCAAGCCAAGGGGUGGGAGGGGCAGGGAGAGCUGCUACCAUCUGGGACUCAAUAAGGUUUCUUGGAGCUGCUGAGCUCUAAUAGAAAGAAGCUGGCAGUCAGGAUAGAGAUCUUCAAGGAGGAGGAGGAGUAGAUACUUCAGAGGCAUCUAUCACUUGGAUUCUCUGUAAAUUCUUCCUCUGUUCUUUGCGAUGUAUUCAGUUGUUGGGGGGGGGGGGAAGGCUACCCUCACCAUGCUAACCUUCUGGCAGGAGAGUAUCAUGGAGAUGACUCUAGAGGAGCUUGCAAGGUAUAUCCUUUUCCCAGCGCGUUAGCUCUGGCACAGGGGCUACUGGGGUGCUGCAAGGCACAGACAUGGGUGAGAUCCCAUCAUCAUGCCAUCAAGCAUACCACAACGGACUGAUUCCAGUGUCUCUGGAACCAACCAUCAAACAUGGAUGCAGAAAUUGGAGUAUUUGACACACAGGUCACUGUCCUGCUAGGUGGUUCCAAGACCAACUGUUCUCUGGCACAGUCAUUUACAGUAUCUGGAAAUUAUAACUCUGUGUCAUGACUGGACAUAUGUAGCCAGUCUCGGUGAGGGCAGGUGAAGUUCCCCUUCACUACAAUAUUUCCUCUUUGGGAUGCUUCCUUGAUUCCAUCACCAUCAUCUUCGUCAUUCAUCAUCAUCAUCAUCAUCAUCAGCAUCAUAAUUUUGAUCAGGAGGACAAUACCACAUCCACUGUACGAAAAUAUUAUUAGUGAUGGGAAUACAAUGUAUAGUAUAGUUUUGAUCACUGCUUUUAAAAUGUGUUUGCUUUAUGCCUGUUGAAUUUCUGUAAAGGGCUAUAUAGUCUCUCAGAGAAAGGGACAUUGUCUUAAAAGAUUUUAUUUGUUCUUUCUCAACACCCCUACCCUAGUAUUUUAUAAACAGGCAAGUACAAAAGCGUCAGAAGUUUUAUUGGUUUGGAGUCUUUAAAGACAAGGCAAAUAAAUGGAGAUGGCUGUCAGGAAUAGAGGCUAAAGUCACGUAAGUUUCUGCAGAAACAUUUGUUAAUGGCAUGCAUUCCAAAAAGUUGCAGAUUCUGUUUACACAAUUGAUCUUUUCCCUUUCGAAAUAUAUUUUGCCAUGCAAUUUUCUCUACUACCAAAGACCUACAUAUGUACUUCUCCACAUCAUUGCCCAGAUGAGCGGCUGCUGCUUCUCACUAGGUUGGAGAGGCAGGAAGGCUACUCUUCCUGCUUCUCUAACCUAAUGAAUGUGGUGAUUCGGAAGAGGAUGAAGGCAUGCUUUUAAAUGGUUUGUGCUCCUUAGUUUAGCUUCAAAAGGACUUGCAGGAACCUAAAGCUGAGCAACACUGUCAGCUGGCAGUUUAAGACACUUCAUGGUUCCCUUUAAGUAUCUAACAACACUUUUCAGCUUGUGUGGAUGGAUGUACAAGGUCAGAGUAAGAUCUCACUCAUCCACAGCUAGGUAGUAGAACAGCAAGCUGGUCUGGCACUUAUUUCCAAGUCCAGAUUAACAGAGGGUCACUUUCAAUUUGUGCAAUGUCUCCUGGAACAAAAUCCAUUGACAUUCAUCUCUAUUGAUGCACCCAAUACCAACCACUAAUCCUUUUUGGCAAACGUAUUGAGUAAACUUUACAAACUGGCCGUGGGGUUGUAUAAUACUAGCUGGGAAAUUAAACCCUGUAUGCCAGCGGGUCCCAGUUAGCUAAGUACUGCAGACCCCUUGUUUUUCAAAAGCCACACCAUGGGCCACCCUACCUUUGAACAUUUUGAUAUCUCCGUGGCAGUUUUUGUUAUGUGAAUGACACCAUGGAGCCCCUGGGUGGGUGGUCCGUGGACCACCAAUUGGGAGCCACUACUGUAUGUGAUCUUAGACUUGAUCAAAGGACAGAUCUCACCCAAACAUCUCAUGGGAGUAAAAAAACAGCAACCACCUACUACACCAUUACUAGUAAUAUCAAUUUAAUAGAUUCACAGAGAGCUAAAAAUGAGGGAGUUAUAGAAUACAUUUAUCACAGAAUUUUAGUGCUGUGUAGUGGGACUUGAUUCAGUAUACAAUGGACACUGGAGAAUGCAAGUGACAAUAAGAGUGAGGCUAGGGUGAUACCUUUGUCAACUAUAGAAAAUUGACUAAACUUAGAACUAUCAUGUUAGAUUUAGAUAAGAUAUAUAUGUGAGAGAUAUCAUAUCAUUUCAAUCAACCCUAUAAUGGCUUUGUGGUUAUAGAUUAUAUUUUGUAAUUCAUCUGAGGACAUAGCCAUUUUUUUCCUGUAUAGCGUCAUUGCUCUCCUCAUUCAUGGGGUGGGUGAUGGAUGUGAGAUGAGGUGGAUGAAGGUGGAUGCAAAUCUAGCAUUGUUUUAAUAUGCUCAGAACAACAAUCAUUACUGUGCUAACUCUGCUAUGAGAGAGUAAGGAUACCUCUUCCAAAACUCUUUCUCCAACACCCACAACUGUCCAGAGCAGAUCUGAGGAGGAUGUGGGUGCAUAUGGAGAGGAGAGAGGGCUAGUUCUGUUGCAGAAAUGGAAAUCCUGGCAAUAGCAGAAGUACUGCAUUGGAUACUGUCCAAACUAAAUUGACUGAAAGUUCUUGUGUGUACCAAAGAGCCUCCAAAGGUGACACCUUCACUUUUUUCUAGUUUCCUAUGAGAAAAGAAAAGAGACAAUCUUGACCCACAGUUGUUGUUGUUGCUUUCCUUACAUGGUUAGAAUUCUAAAAUCUAGGGAGAAAAAUCCAUUCCAAUUGUGGGUGGAUGUUAAGAGAGAAAGAGCUGAACAUCUUUUUAAUGGUAGAAGGCAUAGGGAGCACGUGAGGAAGUAGACAUCCAAUCUUGAUUGAUCAGUGCUGCUCUUUUCUUUUCAGGUACUGGAGAACAGGUGAGCCUAGAAACCCACACCAAAACCACUGUGCUGCAAUAGGCCUUGAUUGCGGUUUGAAUUGCUGGAUGGCAUUAAAAUGUGAGGAACGCAUAGGGUACAUUUGUAAAAAGGUGCCUGAUGAUGCUUGGCUCUAAGAAGACACUUUCAAGAUGAACGAAACUGGAUCUCAUGAUCACUACACAAAAACAAAAUCAAGAGAUCACCCCACCCCGCUGUUUUAAUGCACAAUCCACACUCUGCCAUCUAGAUUAUGGGACUCUUUGGCAUCAGCCCUCAAAAACACCUUGAAAAGACCUUAUUCUGCAAGCUCAGAUGUAGAUGUCUACAAAAAUAAAGAAUGGAAGGGUCCAGUUAUAGCCUGUU